UGAAAACUGAAACAAAAAGAAGAAAGUCGAAGAGAGCUUGCGCUGUCAGACGUUCACAACAGUGAGACCAGAUGACACUGAAGGUUGAAGGUGAUCCAGGCUAUGGCAGCGUGUCUGCUGGAGGUCGAUUCACCGAUCUGGACAGCUCAGAGAGCGUACCUCUCCUUAUCCCUGACAUUCAGCAGCGCCAACAUGUCUGGAAACCCCUGAGCAAAGAAGAGCUACUGAAAUGCGCAGGAGGACCGGGAUGGAAGAAGUUUCGCUCUCGUCUGGUGCUUUGUUUCUGGUUUGGUUGGUUGAUAAUGCUGGGCACUGCAGUCGCAAUAAUCAUUCAGACACCGCGGAUGGAGUCUCCUUCACUGCACUGGUGGCAGAGGGACGUGUUUUACCGCCUGCAGCCUGCACUCUUCAUGGAUGUAGACAGUGACGAGGUCAGCCGUAUCAGCAGGGUAUCAGAGCACCUGCCGUAUCUGAAGUCACUGGGGGCCGGGGCAGUGAUCCUGGAAGGGUUGUUUCGGCAUGACAUCUCUCCAACCAACCUGACAGAGAUUGACCAAAAUCUGGGCACACUUCCACAGUUCACACAACUUAUCACAGAAAGCCGCAAAGCAGGUGUGAGAGUGGUGCUGGACCUUUGUGAGCUGGAUCUGUUUGAGCAGGAGUCGGGUAAUGAAACCAAUGUUUCGUCUGGUCCAUCAGAGCACAUUCAAUACUCAUUAAAGUAUUGGCUGGAGCAUGGCGUAUCAGGCUUUGGGAUCUGUGACACAGACACAGCCUUCUCUGCAAAGACCCUAAUGGAGUGGAAUGUGCUGAUGCAAGAGUUUAAUUCACAAGAUGACGAAAGAAUACUGAUGGUGAGGCAAACAGGUAACACUCUUCCAGCACUCAAUGCGUCCAGCAUUGUUGUUAAUGGCUCACUGGUGGAGCUGGUUAUAAAGUCACUGAUCCCCCCAUCACACCAUCCGCUAUCUCCCGCUGAGGUGGCUGAGGCCAUGGAGGCCAGUCUGCAGAAACCACAAGGAGACUGGCCGAGCUGGACCGUGGGUGGAGGAGUACCAUGGGAGCUUCAGAGAGCAAUUCUAGUCCUGAUCAUGACUUUACCUGGGACGCCCAUCAUCAAAUAUGGAGAUGAGGUCAAUCCAGUUCAGGAUCUGGAUCAGUUGAAUCAACCUCUAGCCCUCUUCCAUUCUCUGAGUCAGUCGCGUGCCCGUGAAGAGGCUCUACACUUUGGCCGAUUCACCUUUCUUUCCUUCAAUGCCAGCAUGUCAUCCUCCAGCCUCAAUUCUACAGCCACACCUCCUUUAGCUUUCCUGCGCUCAUGGGGCUGCGUUCACUUCCUGGUCCUAUUUAAUUUGGGUUCUGAACCUCACACUCUGGACCCGGACUGGGCUCCCAGCCUACCUGAAGGUGGGGUGUUUGUAACCAGCACAGGUCUUGACCGAUUAGGCCCUGUGUCUCUAAGAUCAAUAAAAAUGCAGCCACAUGAGGCCAUUGUCAUAAAAUUGUUUGAAUCUGACAAUUUUUAAGAUAGAACGGCUUGUGUUUGCUUAUUAAUUAAAGUGAGUUAAAGUCAAAAGUUUAAAUAGACCUUGUUAAUUAUUUUACCAUAGAGGCAUCGUACAAAAUGCAUGUUAUUAGCUCAUAUGCAACUAUUACAGAUGGUUAAAACGCUCACUGAUGGGGGUGUAAACUUUUGAACAGAAUAAUGAUGUGUACAUUUUUCUUGUUUUGCCUGAAUAUUUUUUUCUUUUCUUUUUUUUUUUUUUAAUUUAGUACUGUAUUUACAUGUUUCCCAGAAGGCAAAAUAAGUUAAAUUUACUCUGAUCUUCAAGUUCAAAAAGUUUUCACCCCCAGUUCUUAAUGCAUUUUUUUCUGAUGGAUAGAAAGGGUUCAAAUGCACAAAAAUGCUGCAAAACCAAAGAUUUUGUGGGCCUAAAGAAUUUUUCUGAAGAACAGCAAGCAGUUUCAUUUUGCAGAUUCUGCAAGGUUUAUGUAAACUUGUGACUUCAACUGUAUACUAAUGAUGUUUAUUUUGGUUAAUUAAGAGUAAGUAUUAUUAAGUAUUUAUACAACUAAAUAACAAUGAAUAAAUAUUGGCAGUGGGAAUGCACUGCACUUUGUUCCUUUGCAAAUAAUCUAAU